AUGUCGGCACCCUCUUCUUGCUCGGGCAGCAUGCGCACAUCAGGGUCGUCCUCUGCCUUUGUUAGCACAUCUACCGCCCGUGAUCCAAUACUGUUGGCGCGACGUGCUUCUUCUGAAAGUUCGGCCACGCUCCCGUGCUCGUCAUCCUCGGUCGCAGAGGCGUUCUCCAAGGCUACACUCCUCUCUCCAUCGUCCUCGGCGCAGUCCUCGCUCUCCUUUGCCACCUCAAUUUCAUCAACUUCUUACUCUUCUGCAUCCUCUCUUCCACCGACAGUAGCUAUCCCAGUAAUAGCACCUCAAGACAACAUUGCAGAGAACAUCCGAAUGAUAAGGCAUGAUGACGACCGGGACCGGGAGGACGACAUAGACGUCGAUGUAGACGCAGAAGAAUCUAUCCCACCAUCGUUCAAAAAGACAGAAACAACCGCACCACCCAGGACUCAACACAUCAUCAAUAGCAUAGGGGCGCGACCAGCCUUGACCCCAAGAUCUACAUCUUCAUUCUCUGACCAGUCCAAUCCACCACCACCACCGCUUUUCUUUGGAGAUUAUUUGUUUCCGGAGAACCCGUCAUUGCAGGACUUGCACCAGGUUUUCCGUCUCGACAAGAGUUCAAAGCAAAAGGACUUUCGCCAGUCUUUACAACUUCAUGCACAUCUAAUGGGCCUUAUGCUCUCGGCCAGGGUCUCUCGGGGGCUUGACCUUGCAUAUGAUCAUGCGCAUGAUGCGUUCAAGAACAAGCAGAGACCGGAUCGGCGGAAUGAAUUCGUCUCAACCUUCAACUACACAUAUGACGAAGCCGAGCGCAUCUUGGCCCAUUCCCUAGCACAUCCCCAGCCUCGGCCCAGCUUUCUGGAUAUGAUGAGUCCAUCGUCAUCCGCCGCUAUUUUGACAUUUCUACAUCGGAUCAGGACAGAUCACUCAAUUUUGGCCACAGCAUUUCGAAACCUACAGUCGCAAGAACUCGAUGCGCUUCUCGUGCACGAGCGCCCUGCCAUUGGUCUCUCCUCACAAUCCCAUUUACGAGGCACCAGAGAUCGGGGGUAUAGUUCGCAAACGGGUACCGGUGGCUAUGCCACUCAACAAUCGCCAACACAUCAAUCACAGGCGCAGCAACGCCAGCAGCAGCAAUACCAGCAUUCCCAAGGCACUGUACCCAACUUCGUCAACAAUCAGGAUGUUGUUCACAUCAUCCUCGCAAAUCUAUUUGGACCGGCAUCGUUUGAACGGGAACACAUUCUACGAACUCGUUCAGUCACAAAGAUCUUUGUUGCUCUUCUCUCGGAAAGAAAAGGCGAAAGAUUGAUGACGGAGAUGUUGGAGCGAUACGUAGUUCAGUCAGAGUGGCAGCAGGCUAGCCGGUUGAAAGCACGAUUCGAAGAGACGCUAUCAGAUAUCAUCCGCAGAGGCGAACUGGACUUGGCCGGCUUCUCAGACGAGGAACUCAGUGCGAACAUCAUGCCGUCGACCAACCAGCUUCUCCACCAACAUCAUCACCAGUACCUCCAUCAGUCUCUAGGGAGGAUGUCGAGUGUUCCUACAAUGAAAACUCCAGUCACUGAUCUUUCAGCAAGUCAGCAUGUUCAGCACGGAACAGGACCCAGAGAGUCAGCCCAUACUGGAGCAUCUGAUGUGCGUAUCCACUCACAACAAGAAAUGACAGGUCGCCAGGCGCUGGUCGAAGGAUUCUUCACCGAAGCAUGCUUGGAUCUACUAGAUACACUCCAAGAAUUUAGUCCUCCUUGUCUGAUGGAGCUUUCGCGGUUGAUCUUCAUGGAGAUUGACCAGAGCGCAAGACCUUACGCGUCCUUGAUCAUCAUUGUCAAGUUUUUCUUCUAUCGAUUCAUGAACAAGUGCAUCGCAUAUCCAGAGACCUAUGGUAUGAUGCAGGACACCUUUGUAUCGGAAAAACAACGACAGCGGAUCUUAUUUACAACACAUCAACGCCUUUACCGAUAUGUUACUAGUAUCUUGAAUCCUGUGCCCGGGUGGGAAUCUCGGUCAUGGGUUGUCGAUACAAGGAUACGGGAAAGGAUCGACAGCUUCGUCAAAUUAUUUUCCACACCAGCACAGACAGGAGAGAGCCAGCCGACACAAUAUAUCCUCAACCCUAUUGCAGAGUUGUCAAAUCCAGCACCGGUGUCUGCCAACCUCGAUCGUCAUCUAACCAGUGGAUCGAAUAUGCCUACUGUCACGCCCGUCCUUCUUCUAUGUCCCUCGGAUUUUACGACCUUAUUCUACUUUGUCUGUCCUAAUUUCAGAACAACCACGUCGUCCUCAUCGUCUUCAGCAGCCCUCAUGACUCGAUCUAGCAGCUUUAACGGGAAGAGUAAUAUAGGAAUUCGUCAGCGAACUCCUUCAGAGACCCAACCAGCCUACCCGGCAGCGCUGAAAUUAGCAUCCAAUAAUGCCGCGUCAGCAUCAGGGGCGCCCACAACCCCAAAGCACUUUCACCCAUCCAGUGCCAUCCGCUCCCGCAGGAGAGCUUCACCUAGUUUCUCGUUUUUCUCCAGCGCAGCAGCCUCGUUACCGUUCAAAGCAAAGCCCCCACCGCCACUCGCUUUGGAAAAGACGACAAGCGCGCCUGCAGAGACAACUUUUGGUGGAUCAAGUUUCCUUACCCUCUCUGGAAUCAAACCAGGACAAGCAGCUUCUCCCAGAACGGCAACUGUUGAGGUCACCAGUACCUCGGGUAUCGCGGCGGCCUCCAGCCCGUGCACACUUCCAUUGGGGGGAGAAGACCAAAACACCCCUGUUAAAAGCGCCACAUCAACUUCCGCACAAGUAUUCCAUCGAUCGGCUGACUCUACACCAGUCGUGAGGCAUUGGAGUGACGAGGCGCUGAUACCAGACUUGAAAGCAGCAGUUCUGGAGUUGAAAAAGAUUCAGCCAGGAUCCGUUAAAGAGGUGCCCUGGGCGGUGAACAAUACCAGUCUCACUCCACUGCGAGAGCCCUGGGCAUUGGCCUUUGUUCAAUACGGUGAUGGCGAUGGCGACGUUGAGGGGCAAAAGGACUUCAUAUCGAGCGAACAGGAUACGUCUCCAGACAACAAGAAAGAUGGUGCAAAGGGCGUUCUCAUUGAAGCCGGCCUAGCACUGGCACCUUCAUGUAUGGCCAUGAUCAUGGAGAACUCUGCUAUGGGCGGUGGAUCGCGGAUUGUUACCGUUACAAAACCAAUGCUGGUCGAUCAAGUAAUGGACUCUGCCGACAACCAAGCGAACUUUGACUCCAAUAUCGAUCUUGACCUGGAUGUUGAUGGAUCGGACAGUGAAUCCCUUUUAUCUUCAGAGGACAGUUCCUUGGCACAAAAACCGUUGACCUUGGGAGUGGAGGAUAAGGAUAUCUCAAUUUUAAGGGUCAACAGUAACCGAAUUCUUUCAUCCGUCGACGACUCAGGCACAAAAAUGUUAUCGGCUACCGGAGAACAAGCAGGACCAAAGACGGAUAGCGAUCAUAGUCGACCUCGCUUGGACAGCUCGAAAUCCUCGAUCUGGAAAAAAGCCGCAGCGGGUCGGGCCUGGAAAACUAGGAUUCGACAGACUGUUAGCUCCGAGGCGGAUUUGCCAGAGGAAGUUAAAACUGUAGCCCGGUCGAUAUUCAAGAUCCUACGGGAGUUUGACGUGCUCGCUGUUGACGAUUCUGAGGAACGCCAUUGGGACCAUCAUGACGAAGAAUACUCGUCACAUGUCAGCCACAGAAGUAUUCGCACUCUACUCCUGCAAGGCAUCGAACAGGCCCGUUAUUUUGGGAACCAUGCUGCCGCUAUCGGUUUUCACCAUGCUCUCCGAGUUCUUGAAUCGUCCUCGGUUCUUCGGCAGUUGGACAGUUCAAAAAUCAUUUAUCUCUUGGCUAUGCCCAUCAAGCAUCGUCUUGAGCAUCGAACAGGACGGGCACGAAGCAGAACCAUCUGGGAGGGGUUUGCACACUCUUGGCACCUGCGACUGGUAUCGGCAAUCGAGCGCAAACGAGAGGCUCUUUCGUCUCUACGAGUCAAAAUGUACUAUCAGACAUGUGUGCGGACGUCUUCAUCGUUCGAGAAAUCGCUCGGAGUCAUUAGCGUACUUGGCCGGUUGAACAGGAACGCACUCAGGAAGUACCUGACCGCGGAUGAAUGGGAAAGAUGCAACGGCUUUUUCCCAAGCUGGAACGGGGCAGAAUCGAAACCUGGAGUUGAACGAAACGCCUCAUGUCACCAUGUGGGAUGUAAAGGUUCUUGCCUUGAUCAUCCAUCACAGAUUGUGUGCGAAGGAGAGGUUGCAGGUCAUACGGACAAGACUUCUCGGAGAUACAGCGCCAACAACUACAAUCCUCAUGCGUUGCGAACGUCGAGAACGCGGAGGAGCAGUUUCAGCACGUAUAUUGACAGCAUGACCUCUCGUUCCUUUGGGUCUUCGUCCUUUCUCGAGAGUAGCCUUGGUCAUUUGAAGGAGAGAGAGCAAGCGACAUUCUCGACUAGCUACGGUUCCGGCUACCAGGGCAUGCUCUGGCCAGGCAAUAGCGGCAGCCAGGCCGGUUCGAUUGGGUCACUGGGUGAGGUAGCAGAUAUACAGAGUGACUUUAGCAUGGAUGCGCGUGAGGCUGAGGCAGCCCAACGUUGGAUCACAGAUGCAGGCAUCCACAACUUUCUGCCAGGCGAGGACAACUUUUUGCGAUUUUGCAUGGAGGUUGAGUCGGUGGUGCGGGGCAUCGGUCUCGGCGGGACAGGCAUUCAGGGGGCAGGGAUACCGCAGGCACAGAACGGUGUCAUCCUACCUGCCCUGUCGAGCAGCGGGUCUGAUUUCUUUAUCAAGGAAGUGACCAAGUUUAAUGGCCAGUUCGUUCUCGGAAUGGGGCCUAUGGAUCAGGUCGUUCAGGUCAAGUCCAGCGGAGCAUCUGGGGUAGCAGAGUUUCUUGUGAACUCGCUCAAGAAUGGACAUGCUGCCUCCUCUGUACCGAACACAUCUGGAAGCCAUUUCUUUUCACACGCAACAUCCUCAGCAAACAGCGUCCACAGCGUCUUGAACAGUAGUAGCAGCAGCGGGAGCUCUCAAACGUCACAGAUGUCGAUGAAUAGCCUCGGCACGAGCAGUCUGGGCGGACGAUCUAGGAUUCUGCACCGACAAGCCAGCAGCUACCAAGCUAAUCAUGAAGCCAUACCCACCUUGCUCGAUGACCCCUCAUCCAUCUAUGCAUCCCCUCCCGGACCGACCUAUGCUCUCUACAACCCACCAUUUUCAACCGCCUCUCAUGGUGCAUCAUCCUCAUACUCUGGGUUCAUGGGGCUAGGAGGAACAUCUUCGACUUUAUCAUCGCAUCAAAUCUCAAUGCUUCCUAAGGAUAUGGCGGAGUUCUUACGCAGAAUCCAAUUGAAGCUAACGAGUUUUAUACUCUCAGAAUGGGUCGAUAUUUUUGGAGAGGUCGAAACCGAUCGGUGGUUUAGGGAGUUUUUGGAUGAAAUGGGUUCGCGAGAGACCGAAAGGAAGCCGGAUGCUUUCGAGGAUACACAGGCUACAGUGGACACGAACCAGGACGGCUACAUGCUCCCUUUGAACCAGAUGGACAUGGGUGGCAAAUCCCAAGGCGAACUGAAACCCUGCUCAACGACUAGUCUGGCGAACACAAUUGCUCCUGGCAACACUUUGGAGUCGCGUUCAAGCACUGCUGCGGAUUCGGAUUCGCCAGAUUCAAGCAGCAACAGCAGGAACAGACAUGUCGCUAGCCAUCCAGAGUGGACUGAGGCCCAGUUUAAACAGAGACAGCACGAUUUGGAUCUGGAUUCAGUAGUGCCACCCGACGUUCCUACGGCGGUGAAAUCCUCAGCCUCAGUCACCACAUUUUCAACGGCUAAAUCUCUGAAGAAUGCACCCACCUUCAACUCCAUGAUCAAUAUCAAUGCGACGACGGAUGGACAGUAUGGGAUGGGAGGACAUAAUCCUUUAUCGCGUCCGGGACUUUUGCGCGACUCAACGUGUCCAGUCUUUAGCCAGCAAUCAUCUAUAAACACAGCAGACGAGUGUACGACCUCUGGCAAGAGUCUUUUGAAUGUUCAGGUCAAGCAUCAUCUCAAGGAAACGGGAUCCAGAGGCAUCAAAAGACCGGGUAACCCUGUUGCGUCUUAUGAUCUUGCUGAAGCCUACCGGUUGACGGUCGAGCAGUUUAAUAAUGCAAAGUCCCCAUAUCAAAAACUCGGCCAUCUCUUUGCUCUUGAGCUGCUCAUUGUUGCCUCGUUAUCCUAUCCAGACUCCUGCUUGGAUGGCUUGAUGGCAAGGCCAAGCAAAUUUGAUCCGUAUGAAGGAGGCAAUCCUUCAGGUUCAGCUCGAUCCAAGCCAUCAGGCAAUAUCGAUCAGGAAGAGAUCAAUGUAGAUACUCCGCGUGCCCUAACGCCCGGCACGGAUGCGAUUGUGGACGAGAUCGAGAAUUUGUUCCGCCAGCCAGGUGUUCUCAGACCUCGACAUCUGCUUCGAGAUAUGCAACUGAUCGCAGCGUUUAUCCCGGGCUCGAUCUUGGACCUUCGUGACGACGGCAAGGCGUUUUGGGACAUGUCUUUGGCGAUCUCUAGCCUCAAGAGCGAGGUAGUCGAGUACAUUGUUCAAAAGGGUAUCCGGCUAGUGGAGGUGGAGGAGGCCGCUCGGACGAGCCAGGAGACGGAGAGCAAUGGGGGCAGAUCUAUCGCGCAGGAUGACGAUGAGCGAACUCGUAUGACUGAGGCUGUUAGGCUGUUUACCAUUGGUGCCAAGGAAUCACACGCAGUGGCGCAAAGAGAACUGGCGAUCCUGUACAUGUCUCUACCAACGCUUCCGUCCUCAUCCUCCCCGUCAAUUGGGUUCUUUAAGGCCGAUAGCUCGCCGCUGAUCACCCAAAUUAAUCGGGUGCCUUCGCCCAUUUCAAUUACGACCUCCAAGCUCGGCAGAAUGCCCGGGAGAACUCAUACUCCACCACCCCUUGCUUCGCCCAAGAGCACGUUUUCGAGCUCAUUUUUGGGCAAGAGCAGUACGGCCAGCAUUCCCAUCAAGCAGAGACCCCGUCAUCAUCACAGCAGCAGCGGAAGCGGAAGCAGCUUUGGAAGUGGUAUGCUGAGCGGAUUAGGUAUCAUGACAGGCUUGGGGUCGUUCACUGGGUCGUCGUCCAUUGGAUCUGGAGGAUCAGCUGAAGGAUUGAACAGCUCUUCUAUGGCGUCGCUAGCUCAUCAACAGCAACAGCCGUUAGGAGAAUUCGCGGAGGGUCAUCAUGAUGUAGAUCAGUAUCUCGAUGUGCACACUGGGCGGCAUUCUGUCCCAGCGCACACGCACCAGUCGAAUCACCUGUACCAGCACCAGCGACAGCAUCAGCAGCAUUCGUAUCAGACGUCGGCUCAUCACGCAAUGCCGCCGAAUUCUUCUGAACCAGACAAGUUCAAUCCGGAGAAUGUAGCAGCUGCGAUGCACUGGUUUACAUUGGCGGCUGCCCAGGGCGACAAGUUUUCUAUCAAUUAUUUGAAACACAAGGAAACUGCUGGAGGGAUACUUGGAGGCAUGGGAUAG